GAUAAGUCCUAUUUAUAAAGACAGAUACUCUCAGGAAAACUGCUGCUCCUAAACCUCUAGAGAGACAAUCGCAUUUACUCUGAACUAAAAUUGUUGUUCCCAGGAUGGAGAAGAUGUUAAUGAUCUUCAUGAUUAUGUUUGCUCUUGGAAUCAAGUACUGGUCUUGCACAGGGUUGCCACGGUAUGCGGAUCCCCUCGUGGAUAAAGCCUUCAAUGCCUCUGUCAAAGCAGCAAAUUUCAGGAUACCAAGUCCAUUUCUCUUUCGGCCAUACAGAAGUUCACUGACAAUUGAUUCUGUCUCAGAAGAUAAUUCCCGGAACCUAACUUUUGACUUCUUCAUGCAAAAAACUGUUUGCCGGAAAUAUAGUGGAGCAGAUCUCUUUACAUGUGCCUUCAAAAGAAGGAACAGAUGGAAUGCAGUCCUGUGUGAGAGCAGAGUGAAGGUGUCUGAAAACAGACUGCAGUCGGUGAUUGCUGAAUGUCACCGCAUCUAGAAUCCGCCAGUACUUUCCAACCUUGAGGUAUAACCAGGGGUUUAAGUUCAGUCAGACAGUGCCUCCUGGGGGCUAAGUAUGGCACAGUGGUUUGAUAUUGUAGCUGGAUUAUUGCACGGGAAUGGUAAGCAUAUCUGCUGGUACAGCUAGAAUCUCCUGAUACAUCUACAAGCUUGUAGUUCAUAACACUUACUUCUCCCAGUCUUCCCCCCUGCUUCCAUUCUCUGUCUUUCUUUCUCUCUUCCCCCAAUCUCUCUCUUGUUCUCUGAGAUUUGAGACACAACAUUAAAGUAACAGUUAACAAAUCUUUAAAUUAAUGAGCUAAGUAUCUAGCUCCCUGAUACUGUGGUUUAGUGAACAAAGGGCAUUUUUUUGUUGAACUAGUGGUAACUGGUUGCUGUCAAACUACUUAUCAGCUCUGCAGUCUAGGUUAGGCUAUUUAACCUUAAUGAUCCAUGAAUUCUGCAUCUGUGGCAUGCCAGUAAGAAAGACCACCUUAAAGAUUUUGAGAGAAUCAAGC